AUGAAGAGUGUUGCGUUGCAAGAUGCAAGCACGGAUUUAACACGAAUUCCACUUCCAUUCUUUCUCCCGCAUUCAGGCUCACGCUCUCGAACCCCGCCAGCUGUCUCUCAGGUCUGCCACCAAUACUCCCCUCAGUCUCAGCCUCAUGCGCAACGAAAAGCAAAACCGGAUGUUUUCCGUACAUAUUCCCGGUAUUCUCCACUCCCAAACGAGCCGAAAACUUCAUACUUUCACACGCAUCCUCCCCAAUUUUCGAAACCGAUAGAUAAUCGAGUGAACGUGAACUCUUGUCAUCACCACCUGUCGCUUGAGAAUUACGAGACGUUAGCCGGUUUAGAUCUGCGCAAUCGCGUCCCCACCAGCCUCGCCCGGGUACCCGGCCCAAAUUAUCGCCCCGAUUUUCUCAUCAUCUUUCGCAAACCCAACAUCGAUAGGCCCACCACAAACCAAAACGAGCACAACGGGCUCGUUCGAAGCCUCUGCCACCGCACUCACGAGCAUCUCCUGCUGACCUGGCAGCACGAGAUCCACGCGAUCCUCGUCCUCCUUCUCCUGACCAUUAUCCAAACCCAUCACCAAAACCACACGGUCCGCCUUCUUCGCCACGUCAACCGCGCCCGCCACGUCAGCGUAGGUACAUUUCACGCCAUCAUUACACCCACUGUGGUACAACACCUCUCCCGCGUAACCCUGCAACGCAUGAUAGAUCUCCACGGAUUUGCAAGGAGACCCCUCGUAAUUCCCAAGAAGCACGUAGGCGUAGUUCGCGUUGGGGCCGAUGACAGCUAG